AUGGCUGAUAGACUUAGAGAUUUCACGAGGAUGAACCCUCCUAUUUUCAUAGGGUCUAAGACUUCAGAGGACCCACAGGAGUUUUUGGAUAAGGUGCAUAAGAUUUUGGUGGCUAUGGUGGCCAUAGAUACUGAGAAAGCAGAGAUGGCUUCCUAUCAGCUUAAGGAUGUUGCACAGACUUGGUGCAAGAUGUGGCAGGAUAGCCGAGCUUUGGACGGAGUUACGGUCACUUGGGAGCUAUUUAAGACAGCCUUCGUGGAGAGAUUCUUCCCCAGGGAAUUGAGGGAGGACAAGAUUGAUAAAUUUAUCAACCUUAAGAAAGGAUCUAUGACAUUCAGUGAGUAUUCCCUGAAGUUUGUGAAAUUAUCCAGAUCUUUGACAGGGAUUGAUGAGGAUCUCGAGGAGGAGUGUAGUGCAGCUGUGCUGCAUGACAACAUGGACUUUUCUAGGAUUAUGGUCCAUUUCCAGCAUCUGGAUGAAAGUAGGAAGAGGAAGCACUCUAGAGUAGGGAACAGGUCAAGGCAAGCUGAGGAGAAUUUUUCUAGAAAGUGUAGUACUGAAAUCACUGAUAAGCCCAGGUUUAUGAAGGGACUCUCACACCAAGAGGAGUCAAGUUCAUCCAAGGGUCACUAUGAUAAGGAUUUUGAGCCCAGAAUUAAGAGAAACAAUGGAGUAGAUACACCUCAGGAGAGGCCACCUUGCAGGAAGUGUGGCAAACUGCAUGGAGAAGAGUGUAUCAUGGGCACUAACACUUGUUACAGUUGUGGAAAACCGGUCACAUGGUGA